UGACCUGAAACUACGAAGCCAAGCCAUGAAUGUGUGAACAAUGCGGUCGGAGUCGUGGACCGCACUGAACCACGAAUUCGCACCGUUCAUUUCGCACGGCGCAAAUGGCCACACGCCCACGUCUCACCGGCCCCCGAUAACCCCUUCCCUGAAAACAAAAUUCAAUUCGACUGGCCUCGUCACAAAACCUGUACCUCCAGCCCGAUCGAUCACCGCGCGCCCGUCCGUCCCCUCCAACAGAUUCACUCGAUCCUUGAAAAGUCCACCCCCCACGCCACGGGCAACGCCAUGUCGUCGAGCACCGGCGCGGCGGGCCCGGACGCCGACGCGCCGGCCGGCGAGGGGCUGGAGCUGGCGCAGUUCGGGGCGGGCUGCUUCUGGAGCGUGGAGCUGGCGUACCAGCGGCUCCCCGGCGUGGCGCGCACGGAGGUGGGCUACUCGCAGGGGGACCUCGACGGGCCGACCUACCGCGACGUCUGCGGCGGCGGCACCGGCCACUCCGAGGUGGUGCGCGUGCACUACGACCCCAAGGAUUGCCCCUACGCCGUGCUCCUCGACGUCUUCUGGGCCAAGCACAACCCCACCACGCUUAACAAGCAGGGCAACGACGUCGGGACGCAGUACCGGUCGGGCAUCUACUACUACACGGCAGAGCAGGAGCGGCAGGCGCGGGAGUCGCUGGCGGAGAAGCAGCGGGAGUGGAAGGAGAAGAUCGUGACGGAGGUCCUCCCGGCCAGGAGGUUCUACCCAGCUGAGGACUACCACCAGCAGUACCUCGAGAAGGGCGGCCAGUCCGCCAAGAAACGCUGCUCCGACCCCAUCCGCUGCUACGGCUGAAACCACUACCCCCCGCCCCCGCCCCCGCCCGCCAUUGCAGCUAGCUAUGCAUUGCCGUUAGCUUCAUAAAGGACUCCAUUUGCCUGACUAAUUGUUGGUGUUGCGAACUUGCAAUAAAUAAACCCACUCGUGCAGCGUGUAAAGGUUAAGUCUGCCACUUUGUUUGCUCGGUGAUCUAUACUCCACUGGAGUAGCAAUAUUUUGGUGUUUGCCGUGUACGUACAAGUCUUGCAAGCGGGCAUAAUCCACUGGCGUUCAUGCUUCA